CGUCCCAGAAGUCCCGGGAGUCUGGCGCCCGCCCCGCCCCUUUCCCUUUGAAGCUCUUGGACAAGGAGAUACUUCUGCAGCGCAUGCGCCGAGUCCAAGGAACGCGAGUUGUGGAGCAAGGCAGGCAGAUUGCGCGUGCGCAGUCGACACAGGGCGUUAGAAGAAGAAAAUGGACCCCGCUCAAUGACCCAGGCAUUGCGCAUGCGUCUUACUGCGGACUGAAGCCGAACCUCGAAGGACCAGGACGCUCUUCUGCACAUGCGCAGGAGGCUCAAUGACAGUCGAACGUUGGCUAAGGCUGCGGGGAAAGGGUCUGGCCAUGCUGCAUGUGACCCGAGGGGUCUGGGGAUCCAGGGUCCGAGUAUGGCCCCUGUUGCCCGCGCUCCUCGGCCACACCCGGGCCCUGUCAUCGCUGGCGGCCAAGAUGGGGGAGUACCGCAAGAUGUGGAACCCCACGGAGCCCCGCGACUGGGCCCAGCAGUACCGCGAGCGGUUCAUCCCGUUCUCCAAAGAGCAGCUGCUCCGCCUCCUGAUAAAGGAGUUCCAUUCCAGUCCUGCGGAGAAGGCGGCUUUGGAGGAGUUCGUGACCCAUGUGAACUUUUGCACCUUGUUCCACUACCAUCACAUCCUGGCCCAGCUGCAGGCCUUGUAUGACCCCAUCAACCCUGACAGGGACACCCUUGACCAGCCUUCACUUACAGACCCCCAGCGUCUGUCCAAUGAACAGGAGGUGCUUCGGGCUCUGGAGCCCCUGCUGGCCCAGGCCAACUUCUCCCCGCUCUCAGAGGACACCCUGGCCUACGCUCUGGUGGUCCAUCACCCUCAGGAUGAGGUCCAGGUGACGAUAAAUUUGGACCAGUAUAUCUACAUGCAGUUCUGGGCCCUGGGCCAGCGAGUCGGGCAGAUGCCCCGUAAGUCCAGCGUGGGCUCCAAGCGUGGCUUCUUCAGGUCGCCCCCUGCAGAGAGGAGAUACUUUAAGCGGGUGGUGCUAGCAGCCCGAACGAAGCGGGGGCACUUGGUGCUGAAGAGCUUCAAGGACAUGCCGUUGGAGGGCCUGGAGCAGCUGCUGCCCGAGCUGAAGGUGCGCACGCCCACCCUACAGCGGGCCCUGCUCAAUGUCACAUUGGUCGUCUCGGGCGUGGUGUUCUUCGUCAACGUGGGCAUGGUGGUGCUCUCCGACCUCAAGAUGGCCACCUCCCUGCUGCUGCUGCUCUUCACUGCCUUCAUGGGCCUGCGGGCCGCCAAGAUGUUCGGACAGCGGCGCAGCGUGCAGGCGCUGGAGCUGGCGCACAUGCUCUACUACCGCAGCACGUCCAACAACUCGGAGCUGCUCAGCGCCCUGGCCCUGCGCGCGCAGGACGAGCACACCAAGGAGGCGCUGCUGGCGCACAGCUUCCUGGCCCGGCGGCCCCGGGGGGCGCGGGGCCAGCCGGAAGAGACCUGCCAGUGGCUCCAGUCGGAGGUGGAGAACUGGCUUCUAGCCCAGUCAGGCUGUGACGUGGCCUUCAACGGCACUCGGGCCCUGGCCCACCUGCAAGCCCUGACCCCCAGCAUCGGGAUGUACCCGCCCCCGGGUUUCCCCAAACUAGACCUGUUGGCUACUAUCACUUCCCCCAAGGCCGCACCACCCAGCACUGACGACCCCUUAUAGAAACCUCUCUGUCCCGCCCCGCCCAGCCAGCAGGUUGGGAACUAAGCUCCGCCUCCUCCUCGACAAGCCGUCAAUCACGGCUAUGAUGCUUCAACACUCCACAACUUCCAGUUACUUAUUACUACUUAACGUUACUCUGUUUUCUUAAACAAAGUCGCCCAUCAAGGCAGCCAGCUGUUGCUAGGCCCCCUCUUCGGAUGAACAGCCAAUCAAAGCUUUUUGGCUCUGCUUUUGUUCCAUCUUGGUCCCCCGCCCCGCCCCCCCCCACCGUAAACAUUUAAACGUGGUGCCAGCCAAUCACAGCUGUGCAACGCUACAAACCACCAGGCAGAGUUGUUAAACUGUGCCCUCUCGAGGCUAUAUAUCACUGUCUUUUUAGCCUGUACCGGGCAAACUGCCCAUCGUGUUCACCGAGGCAGAGCUCCAGCCCACGUCCAAUGAGAGCCUUUUAGCCCGGUUCUCUGGCAAACCGCCAAUGACAGCUGUUGGGCACAACCAACCUUGGGCAGCCAGUUGUCCCUGCAUGGAAGCAACCAAUCAGAAUUUUUAGAGAAGACCUGAUCUUUCUAUCAAUUGCAGCUACUUAUAAGGCAGGCCAUUUGGUCAACUGUCGAUCAGCUUGUCCAGGCUGAAGGGGUUGGGAGCCUUGUGCCAGGCAGAAGGCUGGGCCAGGAGGAACCAGAAACUAUCCUCACCCCAAGGCUCACGUCCACUCAGGCCCCAACAACAAAACUCAGGUGCCUUCCCUGCCCAGGUCCCUCACCCUUUCUACAGAAACUACCUCAGCCUGGAUCUUGCCUCCACCAGUGGCCUGUGCAAUAUUUAUUGGUCUAUCAAUUUCUCCCCUGUCCCCUCUCCCAAAGGAAUAAAUCAUGUUUCAUAAA